GUCACAUACUCCAAGGGAGAGGUGAAGAGAGAAGCUGGCCGCAGGAUUCGUUUUCCAGUAGAUAGGGUUACUUGUUUGAUCCAUAACGUGAGCUUCACUCGUCCAAAUAAGGCGUAUGAUAUACCAAAAGAAAGCUCUCAAGACUAGGAAUCCGUGAAGGUCUGGUUUGCAGAAAUCGGAGUAGUGGAAGGCUUCCAAAUCGUCCGAGCAAAACACAACCUCGCAGGAGAGGAUUUAAUCUUCUAAAGAAACGAGUUAGCCGGAAAACACCCAUUCUAGGGGCUGUUUUCGUAUCAAAUAUUAGGCGUUGAACUAGCACUUUGAGGGGGCUGUUUAACACUCAUUUCUAAGCAAGGAAUCAGUUCUCAAGCUCCCUUGGCCGAGGCUUUGGUCAUUGGAUCGAGAAGGAAAAUUUUAAAGCUCAUUUGAGGUGCACUCCAAGAUAUUUCAUGGGUAGAGAAACCAAUUUCAUGCCCAAAAGAUCUUUAAUCCUUGAAUGUCUGGAAGUAUGAGCUUUUCCACAGAUGAAAGAGCUUUUGGAAAAAUUAAUCAUCUGUCCAGAUGCUUCUUGAUAGAAUAUUACUACUGGCAGAAUCAUCCUCAACAGAUGGAGCAUUAUAAAGAUCAGAGAAGAAUGCCACCGCCACAUCUGCAAUGUCCUGAGGAGAGGAGAGCUCUUGCCCAGCUUGAUUUUUAAUAGAGGUAUACUUGGGACCAGAGUAGGGAAUGUCCACCAAAUUGCAAUUAGCAAUACAAUCUGCAAAUUCAUUAAUAUCAUAGAUAAGAGGCAGGGAGGAGCCUUUGUGUUCAUUAUAACUGGCAAUGGUAUUGAAGUCUCCUCCUAUCAUCCAUGGAUCUUGAAGAUUACAACUGAAGGUUGAGGCUAGAGCUUGCAUCCUGUGCUCGUUGAUCGAGUGAUCCCUCGGAGAGAAGACUUGGUUCGUGCUUCCUCCAUUCUAUUUGAAACAUUAAUAAAUUUGCUCAUGGAUAUUUUACUAUAGAGCCUGCGUGCUCAUGAAUAGCCCUGUGUGGCUCUUUUGUUUUAAACAAUGUUUCCGCUGCGUUAUGAAUUACUUAUUAUGUUUGUUUAUGGAUGUUAUGUGUGUGAAUGAUAUUCAAGACGCCUUGUAUAAUAUGAAUGUGUUGGACUGCGGUUGACUAUUCGUAUUGUACGGCGGGUUGUUGACGUGUCCUUGGAGGUCCGGGGCGUGACAUGUUUGAUUUACCAGUAGUCUUAACACCUGACGAGGAGGGCAAGGAGCAGGUCAGUCAUGACGUUGAUGCAGCCACUGAGGUAAGUUUGGGUAUUGAAGAUGAGUUGGGAAUAGAUGAUUACAAGUUCCAAGAGAGUGGGGGUGAGAUAGAUGAUGUUCAUAAUGAAGAAGUCCCGCUCCACAAGCAAGAAUUCCCUUCUUGUACACAUGCACCGGUCCACUCUUACGUGGUUUCAGAUUUGGAUUUCUUUGAUCCAUUCCUUGGUGAUGAUAUUUCUUUGUGUGUGGAGAAUGAUCACAACUGCUUGGAGGAUAUUAAUAAGAAGAGUGACAAAACGAAUUGGGAUGCAUUCAUGGGGAGUGAUACAGAGUCUGGAGGAGAGGUUGUGAGUGUUCAUGAUAUUUGUGGAGAAGAAAAAGACUUUUCUAUGGUGCACAUCGAUCACGGUGUUGCUCCUAAUCUUUGCUUUGAGACAUCUUUUGAGCUUCCGGUGAUACCUAGAGUAAUCAAAGUUCUCACUCAUGUUCCCUAUCCACCUGAAGAGGAUGAGAGUUUCAUACUUCACUUCUGUGCUGAUGAGGGUUAUGAAGACCAUGUGCUGCCUACGCAUAUUCGAGAAUUUAAGAAUCUGCGCCACCUAAUGGCAUUUGUUGAGGGGAAGCUGGAAAUGUUGAUUACUAGUGCACCAUUACAGUCUUUGCUAUUUGAGAGCUUACGAGGUAUCGUCGGGCAAACGACGUUAAAAAUAGCGCUUCUUGGGAGGCAACCCAAGCUUAUUUCUGCAUUUGUUUGUUUGUUUGUUUGCUUGCUUUCAGAAGACCCCCGGGAAAAAAAAUCCCAAAAAACGGGGUGUUUUCUGUGUUUGUUUUUUUGUUUGUGUGUUUUGUUUGUGCAGCUCAGGAUCUUGCUUUGGGGAUGAUGUGGCGAGGAUUACAUUGGCUCAGUUUAGUUCCGCACCGACUAGCGCCUUAGGGAAGUUUCUGCAACUUUUAUAAUCGCCUGUUUUGUAAAUAUUGACUUGAGUUGAGUUGAGCACGCGUGACCCAAUCCUCUUUACCCCCUUGUGCAUAGUGCAUUUUUGGUCAUCGAGGGCGAUGCCAAAGUUUAAGUGUGGGGAAGUGAAUUGGGCAUUCGGGCAGUAUUACAUGUGAUUAUUAGAGUUAGCAUGCGCAGGUGUUAGUUGUAUAUUCGUAGAAAAGUCAUUUCAAAAUUUUUGAAUUUUUUCUUUAAACUGUGUCUUUGUGAACUGGCUAACGUUUUGACUAUGCUUUUAGAAUGUCCUUGAAGUGUUUAGGCUUAAAUUGCUUGCAUGAUAACUUAGUUGUCGAUAGGACGAAGGCAUUAGUCACCCAUUGUAUGAACUGACAAAGUUCCCAUUUACCUGAAUAAGUUCCUAUAAGAGAAACCAUUUUGAGCCUGACCGUUCUUUGUUACCCAAUUAAUUGAGCUCCAUAGCCAAAUGGCCAGUGUUCCUUACCCGUGAAUAUUUCUGACUUAGUUUUGGUGUUUAGGGAAUUAGGGGAUUAAUUUGCUAAGUUUAGGGAAUUUGUGUAGGAGUCAUUUUUGGCACUGUUCCUAUGCCCCAAAUGGGGUAAGAGCAGUUACUUUUUAGGAAUAUGAUACUUUCGAGGAUUGCAUUGUAGGCAUGGAUUCACUUUGAAAUUAAUAAACUUUAAUUGCUAUUUUUCCUUGGUGAGGCCGAGAUUAGAAUGGGGUAAUGUCUAGUGAGAAUUCGAAAGGUGAAAAAUUAAUAUAGCUAGACCUCUUACUUUGCGAAAAAAAAGAAAGGGAGCCCUGGUCAAAAAGCGUAAGAUGAGACUUGGGUAUCUUUCGAAAGAAACGGCAUUCUCGUGCCAACAUGACAAGGAAAACUAAACUUAAUCAAUGAACUUGGAGGCUAUUGAAAAAUUAGCUUUAGUCCUCCGCGUACUUCAAGUAUACGUCAAAGCACAAAUGUGCUGAGACGGUUUAGCUUAGUUGUACACCAUGUCUACUCUUUGCAUAGGUUUAAAUGAUUGUUCCUAAAUUGUGGCCUACUAAGUUCCUUGUUCUUAAAAAUAGCCCCGAAAUUCCCGAAUGCAUUGAGUCUUUGUCAGGAUGUUCCAAACUCUCAAAAAAAAAAGAGGGACUGAUUUUGAUUAUCCAUUGACCAUUCACCACCACCUUAACAAGUCCUUCUGAUCAAUAGCUAGUUUAUUUGUGUAUGUUGUCACUAAUUUGAGGAUGUUGUGAAUAAAUUUGUCAAAUAGUUUAGCUUGAGUACAAAGAUGUAGUUUAGGGAAGAAUUUUCUUGGUUUAGUCUGCCUGUUCUGUGAAUAUCCUUUUAACUACGUGUGCAUGCUAAUUAUUUUAAUUCUGUGUGGUGAUUAUCGUAAGUCCCGUUGUUCAGUUUGUUUGAGGACAAGCAAAGGCUUAAAUGUGGGGGAAUCUGAUAAGUCCGUAUUUAGACACACAUUUGAUGCAUGUCGGGAUUGGAUUUUGAUGGUUUUACUAGCUUUAAGGUGUUAUAAGUCUCAAUUUUAGCUCAAGUUAUGUUUACCAGGCGUUGGUUCGAGUUUUGUGUCAUUUGGAGUCAAAAUCAAGAAUUUAGAGUUCGGCACCGGCGCUUGAGAAGCAAUUGGGAUGAGUUGAGAAGCAUUCGAGAGUGAAUUGAGAGCAGUGGAGUUCAACGGGAUGUUUACGAUGAAGAUUUGAUGACAAACGAGCUCUAGGAUUGGUUAUGAGAUCAAAAGAAGAUGAAUAAAGCUUGAAAACGGCAUUCAGGAUGACCUUCUGUCAAUCGUUCAAGCAUAUCUCUUUGUAGAAGCAUCCAAAGAACACGAUUCAAAGUCCACAUGAAAGCCAACUUCAAGAGCUACAAAUCAUAUGAAUACUUCAUUCCGAGAAUCUGAGAGGACGAAGAUGAAAACAGACAAUGAAGUCAGAUCAUCCCUGCUGCGAUUUCAGAAUGAGACCUUCCACCAUUUUAUUCAUAUCUCUUGAUUGGAUGAUCCAAAUCCAAUUCGGAAAGUUGUUGUGGAUAGAUGACUUCAUUAUCUACAACUUUCAUGAAGGAAGUUUGGUUCAAUUCGGAAGUGUUACGCACGUGCGUGCGGGAACGCACGACCGUGCGUCUGAGGCGAGAAAGCAAGGAAGAUACUGCCAGCAACGCACAGCCGUGCGUUGGGGGACGCACGCCGUGCGUUCCAUAUUUUUACGCGGCUAUGCUCCAGACGCACUGGGGGACACACGUCGUGCGUUGCCCCUGGAAUCCUAAUUUCGCUCAAAUUUCACCCGAUUUUUCUAUUUAAACAGCCGGUAAACCCCCGUUUUCAAAGGGGGGCUUAGAGAGAGUGCCUAGCACGAAUUUUAGAGGGCUUUUCAGCCUUGUUCAUCAAUCUUUUGGGAUUCUUUGUAAGUUCCACCUUUUUAAUUAAUGAAAAUUAAUUCUUUUUAUUCCAAUUCUAUUGAUUCUUCAAUUAUGAAUUGUGAGUAGUUUUAAUUAGGGAUUUGGGAUUGAUGAAGGGGUUGAUCAUGAUGUAUGGCUAGAUUCUUGAUGGGUUAAUUGCAUGAAUGCCGUUUAAUUUGUGUUUGAAUAAAUUAAUUGAUAUCUUUUGUAACCUAGAUGGCCACUAGAAUUACAAUUGCAUGUAGAAUAAAUUAAGAGAGAUCUAAUUUAUUCUAGGAC